AUGGUCGCGUCCAGCAGCAAGCAAGGCAUCGUGCUGUUCCACCCGGACGACAUGGAGUACAACCCUGCGUAUCGACCCCGGUCGGCGUCGCUCACCAUUGGCAAGAUCCAUUCGAUCGAGACGCACACGACGCGCGCGAGCUUGCACGACAAGCCGCGUCGGCGCGGGAGCAGCAACUUCACGGACGACGUCGACUUUGUCGACGACUGCCCUGUGCUGCAAGAGCCGUCCAAGCUCCACGACAAAUGGAAGCUGCAUUUCACUCGGCUUUGGCUCAAGCUGCUGCGUGCGAAGGCCUGA